GGAGAGAAGAAAUAAAACGCGAAUGCAAGGCUAGAAUUUGAAACAUGAAAAUGCUUAUAAAACUAAAUAUUUACAGCAUCAGAGAAGAGACCAUGUCGCAGUUUAUCCGGUGAAACAGCAGGACACAGCACAGUGUUGAUGGCUGAAGUCUGACACCAUGCGGCACCACUGGCUGCUUCUUGGGGCAUGUGGUUGGGUACUCUUGAUCCUGAUGUUUGCCAGCAAGUUCAUCAACUUCUUCUUCAGAAUCCCAGAUGAUUAUGGUGGCAAGCCUGAGCCAUUGGGUUGGACAGUGAUAGCGACAGGUGACGCAGAAUCACCAUCACAAGUGCCUAAAAGAAAGAGACCAGACACAGAACAUCAGCUUGCUGGCAAUGUUGUCGCUGUGGGUGAACAGGACUGGCAGGCAGUCCACACCGAGCGCCUUGAACUCAUCUCCAGCGUGUGUGGCAAUGCCUCUGUGAAGAAUCUCACCCAUACUGCAGUCAACAAGUUUGUUCUGGACCGUAUCUUUGUGUGUGAUAAACACAAGAUCCUCUUCUGCCAGACACCUAAAGUAGGCAAUACGCAGUGGAAGAAAGUCCUAAUUGUUCUCAAUGGAGCUUUUUCUAGUAUUGAUGAAAUACCUGAUAAUGUUGUCCACGACCAUGAGAAAAAUGGCCUGCCACGCCUUUCCGCUUUGACUGAACCAGAAAUAGCAAAAAGGUUAGAUACUUACUUCAAGUUCUUAAUUGUGAGAGAUCCUUUUGAAAGACUCAUAUCUGCUUUCAAGGACAAAUUUUUAUACAAUCCUCGUUUUGAGCCCUGGUAUAAACAUGACAUUGCACCCGCGAUCAUUCGUAAAUACAAGAAGAACCACUUGGAAACCAAGGGGUUGCAGUUUGAGGACUUUGUUCGUUACCUGGGAGACCCAAACCACAUGCGACUCAAUAGACAAUUCGGAGACCACAUAAUUCACUGGGUCACCUAUGUAGAACUUUGUGCUCCUUGUGAAAUUAAGUACAGUGUCAUUGGACACCAUGAGAGCCUUGAACGGGAUGCUCCAUUUAUUCUGAAGGCAGCAGGCAUAGACCAUUUAGUGUCCUAUCCCACAAUCCCGCCAGGCAUUACCUUGUACAAUAAGACCAAGGUGGAGCAGUACUUCUCUGGAAUUAGUAAAAGAGACAUCAGGCGUCUCUACGCACGCUUUCAAGGAGACUUUGAGCUUUUUGGCUACAAAAAGCCAGAUUUUUUACUAAACUAAAUUACCUUAGAACUGUAAAUGUUUGUAUUUGUUUGUUUUUAAGAAAUUUACUUUAAUGUUGUAUGUGCUACAUUCAAUAUGAAAAAGAAAUAUAUCUCAGAUUUAUGUUCAAUAACUAGCAAUGCAAUAACUAGUUAAUGCAAGGACCCGAGCAUGCCUAAGUUGCUUGCUUCUACUAUAGCUUUAUGAUAUUUAAUAGUUGAAUUCAUUUCACCAAACAUGUUGCAAGUGGCACAAUGGAUUAAAGACCUUGCUCAAAGGUCUUAUAUAAUGUUUUCUUGGCCACAUUGAAUUUACUUUAAAAAUGUUUAAUCAAUAUAUCUUUAAUGUUUAAAACAGACAAUGUUUGAAGACUAUUGUCCCUGAGGGGAUACAGUGUCUGAGAGGGGAUUAUAUUGCCCAAAGCCACAGGCUGAGGGCUGUAUUGUGCCCUGGAGGACACUAGAUUAACAUUAAAUAGCAAAUCCAUAUAUGUUUUAUUAAACACGAUGGCUUAAUCUGCAUCCGGUUUCCAGACAGCAACGCAGAACUCUUGUAGAAGACAUGUCUUGAGGCGCUCAUUUCUCCAUGACUUCUAUAAAUCUGUGUUGCUGAGAGAUGGCAAUAGAUGUGUUUUCAUCGUCUUUUUUGUUUAGGAUUUGUUUAGGAUAAACACACAUCCACCGUAUUUUUUCUUUGUGAUGUGAAUGGUGAGCUUCAGAGCAUUUGGAAGAAUUCAAGUAUAUGUACUGUUAUGAUUAUAGUUGUUAAGACUUAAGGGGCAGCAGGGUUCUCCCCAGGCCUUUUCGGCAAAGUGGCUGUCGCCACCUGGCUGAAAAAAAAACAAUCCGGCCAUCUUGCAAAUGCUACUGUGCCUUUAACAGUAAGGAUUGAUUUCGCUUAUAGCAGACCGUUGUUGUGAUGAGAUACAUAGGGGGUUCAUAUAUAGAGGCUGUAUGCCUUUAAGAAGAAAGUCGUGAUGGGAUAUCAGCUGAAAUCUUGUCAGCUGACAUACAAAUGCUUAAGUGCAGCAGUGCUGGAUUAUUACAGUCCAGUUUCAUGCUACAGUUAUAGGUGACCAAAUGCUUGUGAGUACUGUUUUGUAAAAAACGAUUUGGUUAAAAUGAACAGUUGCAUUAAAAAAAAAUGUAGA